AUCCACCAGAUUUCUCUGCACUGCAUGGUUUUCUUCCUCGCGAUCCCAUUCGUGAUCCCAGCCGCAGUGUCUGCAGUGUCCGCAGGGGUUGCAGCCGUAGCCAGCCGCCGCCCCGCGAUGCCAUUGGUGGUUUCAGCCGCAGGGUCUGCAGUGUCCGCAGGGGUUGCAGCUGUAGCCAGCCGCCACCCCGCGAUCCCAUUGGCGGUUUCAGCCGCAGGGUCCGCAGUGUCCACGGGGGUUGCGCUUGUAACCAGCUGGCCAGCUUAUUAUGCAAGAGCCAAGCAACUGGCAGCAGAAGAGGACAGCAAGGAAGAUGGAAACCUUGGUGCAGACGGCGACCCUCGCAGCCUUGUCCAAGGCGGGCGAGGCCGAAGACAGUGCUAAAACGGCACUGAACGGUCUGGAAGAACUGCAACGGCUGUCUGCAGAAGCUAGUCGCAAAGCAGGGGAGGCGAGGCUCGCUAUUGAGCGCAAAUGGUUCGAAGGCGUUCGCCCCGAGUGUCGCCCUUCGGAUGAAGAUAUCAGUCGCAUGAAGGCCCAGUAUCAUUACAGUCCAGGAUUCAUUCACAUCGCAGUCGUUGGCUCUGCUGGAGCUGGCAAGUCGUCCUUCAUUAAUGCUGUCCGUGGCUUGUCCAGAAAUGACCCAGUGGCCGCUCCUACGGGAAUCGUCGAAACCACUGACACUGUCAUGAGAUAUGCUGAUCCGCGCCAAGAUUCUUGGACGGUUUGGUACGACGUUCCCGGAUCAGGCACUCCAAAUGUGUCUGAUUGGCAGUACUUCAAUGACAUGGGUCUCUACAUCUUCGACUGCAUCAUCGUGCUCACAGACAAUCGUGUCUUAGAUUCCGACCUCGCCAUCCUCCGCGCCUGUAAGCCAUUCAAGAACAUUGAGACGUUCAUUGUUCGCUCCAUGUCAGACCAACACAUUAACAACAUGGUGUCCGAGAAGAUGCCGCAAGGCUUCGACCCUUAUGAUCCAGACAUGGACGCCGAAACACGUUCUCUUUUCUUCCUAAAGACAACAGAAGAACGGCAAAGGUUCAUCGACGAAACUUCGCAGAAUGUGCAAACGCACCUUGAGAGGGAAAAGCUCCUUCCUAAGAAGGUCUACGUCAUUUGUGUGGACGCCAUGCUUGCAACAGUGAACAAGAUCCGCUCCUCAAAGGCAAUUGACGAGGCAGACCUUCUGAGUGAUAUCAAAGGAUUUGUGUUGCAGCGUCUGCAAUCGGGGUGCUAAAAAGCCAGCUAGUCCUGUCUUGGAUCCUGACAGCCCCCACAAGGCUUGCAUUAGCGUCACCUUUUGUUUGCUGAUUUAGUUCAUUUUCUCGUCAGAUAUCACCGUACCUCUCCCCCAAGUGU